AUGGCAGCCGCAUCGACAUCUGUCGAGAGCGCAAACCCCAUCUCGGAUGGCUGGUUCAGCGAGCAGUUCGAUCGUCACGGCGGAAACAACGAAAUUCUCCUGUCUUGUUUGAAAGAGGAAAUCGCCGUUCUCGAGGCGUAUUAUCAAGGAAAGACGAGCACCGGCGAUGCAGCCUCGGCAAUCACGCGUCCCAUCUCAAACUCUCCCGCCCCAGCCCUCGGGGGCUACUCCGACGAAAUAGUCGGCCUCUGCCAGCUAUGGAGAGUGUUCACCGACGCCCUCGCAGACUGGCCAUCAGACCGCUUUGCCGACCUUGUCGAGCUUCUCAAGGCUAUUUCCGAGAUCCCAGAUAGCAUCCACCGCGGGGAAGCCUUGGAUGACGACGGCAAGGAAUCGUUGACCUGGAAUCGACUCCCCUACUUUUCCAUGGUUUGGUUUGACAAAUACUGGGAGGAGCCGCGAGAUAUCGUCGAAAAGUGUUCCACCGACGAGGACAAAGCUCGUGCAAAGGAAGCCUACGUAACGCAACAAGACUCGACCGCUCGGCUCGUGGCAGCUGGAAUUCUGCAGCGCCGUAAGGCCUUUGAGUACAUGACCCGGGCAUUGUGGGCAGAAUCAGAGCCGAAAGGUGACUCUGACAACUGGAGCGACCGCUCGGCAAUGCGUCAAUGGAUACUCAGCUUCUAUAUCUCAGCUGUGGCUGCAUGGAUGGAACGGACCGGGCACAGUGUCUAUCUCGAUCUGCAAAGUAUCGACAUACAGAAUCGGCCACCACCAGCUGCUCCAUCUGGCGCCACCAAGUAUUCGGAUCGUUCUAGAGAGGAUUGGUCGUCUUGGAAGAAGCGGCUGCUUGAUGUGGCUCAGAAUGAGUCCGACGAGGCCACGAAAAAGGCUGUCACAGCUGCCAUGGAGACAAUGGAGGCUGUUGAAAAAGCGGCAGAAAAAUGA